GCGAACGUCUACAGGACGGAUCGUUCAAGGAUUUUGUAAAAAUGUGGGCUGUUGCCGUACAUGGUGGUGCUGGAGUGGUUUCGAAAAGUAUUGACACUUUACCUUAUGUAGAAGGUCUCGACUCUGCCUUGAAUUGUGGAAUAAAACGACUGGCAUCCAAGGGUAGUGCUCUUGAGGCAGUGGUUGAUGCUGUUGAAUCACUGGAAGAUAAUGAACUCUUCAACGCUGGCCGUGGUUCGGUUCUUACGGAAGAUGGUGUGGCAGAACUGGAAGCUAGCGUUAUGGAAGGCAAGGAUUUGAGAUGUGGUGCAGUGUGUGGUUUAAAGACUGUGAAAAAUCCUGUGAAGCUUGCUCGUCUUGUUAUGCAGGAGACACCGCACAUAUUUCUGGGAUUUGAGGCUGCUGAGAAGUUUGCAGACAAGUUUCCGCAAGCGAUUGAAAGAGUUUCCAACUCUUACUUUAUUACGGAGCGAAGAAUGAAACAAUUUCAAGAAGCAAUGGCUGCCAACCAGUCAAAUCUCAUUGACCAUUCAUACAACGCGUUUCCUUAUAAGGAACCGGGAUCAGGUGGUGGUGAGAAGGGUACGGUAGGUGCAGUAGCUUGUGAUAUUUAUGGCAACGUUGCUUGUGCGACCUCAACCGGUGGUAAAACGAGAAAAUGGUCAGGUCGUAUUGGCGACACUCCCGUUAUUGGUGCAGGUAGCUAUGCAUCCAACAACAGUGGUGCUUUCAGUUGUACGGGACACGGUGAAGAAUUUCUAAGAAACAAUGCUGCAGGCUUUGUCUCUGCAGCAAUGGAGGUAGGUAAACUGAGUUUAAAAGAUGCAGUAUACGAGUUGGUACAUAACCGUUUAAAACCUGACGAUGGUGGUAUUAUUGCCGUAUCUCCAACAGCUGAAAUUGUCGUUGAUUUUAAUUCUCUCGGAAUGUUUCACGCAUUUGCAGAUUCUUCUGGCACAAGGGGAUUUAAAAUAUGGCAUGAUAUUUGACUACGGAAAUUGAAGUUGCUAAAAGUUUUGAAAACAAAACUGAAAGCCUUUUGUUGUUCAAUAAAAAAUGUUUUUUGAGUGACGCAGUUUAGCUAACUUUGUUAAUUUUUUUUGAUUAAUUUUA